CCGGUCGCGCACUGCUCUCUGGGUAACCGAGUCCACGUCUUCAGUAAUUCAAGCAGCAUCACUUGUUAGCAAGAUGCCGGCCGUUCAUAAAUUACUGCUAGAAGAAGCCCUGCAAGACAGUCCUCAGACUCGCUCACUGCUCAGUGUGUUUGAAGAGGAUGCAGGGACUCUCACAGACUACACCAACCAGCUCCUGCAGUCUAUGCAGAGAGUGUUCGGGGCACAGAAUGAGAUGGCUUUGGCCACAGAACAGCUCUCCAAACAGUUACUUGAGUAUGAGAAACAGAACUUUGCUCUGGGGAGGGGAGAUGAGGAGGUGAUCAGCACGCUUCAGCACUUUGCCAGAACUGUGGAAGAGCUGAAUGCUCUGCAUACUGACCUGGCCUCUCAGAUUGCCAACAGGAUGGUGUUUCCCGUGGUGCAGUUCAGAGAGAAGGACCUGACUGAGAUAAGCACACUGAAAGAGAUAUUUGGAAUUGCCACUGAUGAACACGAGGCAGCCAUGGUUAAAUACAGUAGACUCCCCAAGAAGAGGGAGAAUGAAAAGCUGAAAGCAGAGGUUGUGCGGGAGGUGGCGUUUUGCAGAAGAAAGCAGCACCAGGCCUCUAUGCAGUAUUACUGUGCUCUCAAUGCCUUACAGUACAGGAAGAGAGUAGCCAUGCUGGAACCCUUGCUGGGAUACACACAAGCACAGAUAAACUUCUUUAAGAAAGGGAUGGAACUGGUUUCCAAGAAAAUGGACAGUUUCUUGGCUUCUGUGAGCAGCAUGACUCAAAGCAUCCAGGCUCAGUUAGAUGCAGAGGCAGAGAGUAUGCGUUUGUCUCAGAGAGAGUUGCUGUCAGUGGAGGACACGGUGUACAUGCCUGACCACGACCUGGUGCCCAUCAACCGCACACUCAUCCAAAAAGCAGGCUACCUCAACAUUAGAAAUAAGACGGGGCUGGUGACCACAGCCUGGGACCGGCUGUAUUUCUUCACGCAAGGAGGCAACCUGAUGUGCCAGCCGCGUGGUGCAGUGGCAGGGGGCAUGGUGCUGGACCUGGACAACAGCUCUGUCAUGGCCGUGGAGUGCGAGGACAGACGUUACUGCUUUCAGAUCACAUCACCUACUGGAAAAACGUCUAUGAUUCUUCAAGCAGAGAGCAAAAGGGAAUAUGAAGAGUGGAUUUGCACCAUCAACAACAUUUCCAGACAGAUCUACCUGACAGACAACCCUGAGGCAGUGGCCAUCAGGCUGAAUCAGACAGCCAUCCAGGCAGUCACGCCCAUCACCAGUUUUGAAAAGAGAGCAGAGGGCUCCCCCAACCCUGACAGGGCUAAACCAGGUGGAGUAGCUCACAGCAGCGUUAAGAAGGCCACUACUGUCCCAGAGCCUGAAGACCUAAUCGCCCCCGGAACGCCCAUCCAGUUUGACAUAGUGCUGCCUGCAUCUGAGUUCCAGGACCAGAACAGAGCUGGAGGGAGACGCACAAACCCUUUUGGCGAGACAGAAGAGGAGAGCUCUUCAGGUGCUGAUGAUUCUUUGCUACAGCAGGUGUUCGCUGUGCGGUUUCUGGGCUCUAUGGCCGUGCGCUCUGGCCACACACAGGAAGUCAUCUAUGAGGCAAUGAGGCAGGUGCUUGCAGCUCGAGCCAUACACAACAUCUUCAAAACCAGCGAGUCCCACCUGAUGGUCACCAGUAGCUGCCUCCGCUUGAUCGAUCCUCAGACACAGGUCACUAAAAUAAGUUUCCAGCUAAAGGAUGUUACUCAGUUUGCAGCGCACCAGGAGAACAGCAGGCUGAUGGGCUUCGUGGUGGAGGGGAGAGACUGGAGUGAAGGAGCAGAGGAGGGACAGCCCUCCUUCAGUGCCUACAUCUUUGAGAGCAACACUGAGGGAGAGAAGAUCUGCUACACAAUAAACUUAGGCAAGGAAAUUACAGAAGCGAAGAAGGACCCAGAAGCUCUAGCUCAGCUGAUGAAGUCAAUGCCUCUGACUAAUGAUGGGAAGUUCCUGUUGUUGGAGAGCGAGACAGGCGAGGCAGCUAAUGGAGGAGGACAAGAGGACCUGGAGUCUGAGGCCUGAACACUCCCCACCCUCAAGUUAGAUUUAUUAGCUCUCUCAAAGAAAGAGUGCUGAUCCAGGCUCAUCUUUUACCUCUCAUAUCCUAAUGAAAGGAGUGGGAGGAGACCCUGGAUCAGCACUCUGCAGUGUCAGACGCAAACUGACCCUCUGCUCUACUUUAUUCCAUAAGCCUGGAUUCAACAUGCCAAUUUUGCUCUUAAACAACAGUUAGCAGUGUUGAAUGAAUUUUCGCACCUAACAGAGUUUAGAGAUUUGGGUAUACAGUGAAUUUACAUUAGUUUAUGCAGAACAGACCAAUUAAAUACUUCUGCUGAAGACCACAUGGAUCUCCUGUCGUAAUAUACAGAAAAAUUAGUACGUUUAGAUGAGAAUCCUGCAAAUUAUUACUGAUGGUCUUUUCAGUGUGCCCUGAUUAUCAAAUUAAAUUGGCAGCCAAUCAGCUGAGGUGCAUGUUUUUAACAUGUCACUGCAAGAAACUUAACCACAGAUUGACUUGUCUAGGCCUUAAAGCAGAUUUUACACUGUAGCUGCUCUUCUUCAUUAUAGCUGAUCGUACAGGACAGUAGGACAAUAAAUGGUCUUACUGGCUGCUAUCCAGUCUUCAAUAAGAACUGAGAUUAGAAGGGGGGAAAAAAUGAGGGGGGCUUCUUAAGAGCACUGAGGUCCUAGCUUUCUAUGAGAGGAUAAGUUGAUUGGACUGGAUCAAAACUGACCUCUAACAAGUCCUCUUCACUCAGUAUCUCAGCUUACCUCUGUACUGCGGAGCAUGAUUUAAAAGGAUGCCGUCUCUAGUUUAUCAUCAUAGUUGGGUUCAGUGUUUUUGGCUGCUGCGUCAUAGAGACUGUUUCUUUCUGUAAAGAGGUACAGGGGUCCUCUUACUAAAAAAAAAAAAAUUAAAUAAAAUAAAUAUCUGGUCAGUUUUUGUUUACCAGGGCUUUGAAUUUCAUAGUUACAAUUCAUCUGCUAAAUAAGUAGCAGUAAAAGGAAGCCUAUGCAGAUGUUAUUAAUUACUAGGCAUCAGGGCAUCAGUUUAGACCUUCCAGCUUAGCUAGACCUACUCUCUUCAUUUUCUGCUGGUAUAGAAAUAUGUAACAUGUUUUAAGCACAGAACAUGGCUGCACUUCCCAGAGUUGUCUUGUAAGACAGCAUUCCUUAAGAGUUUGGUUAAUUGCACUAAUGUAAGUAGAUAGGAUUACUUCUUUCUUUAAAAUUACAAACGGUACUGUAAUGUGAAACUAAAAAAAUAUUAUACUGUAAUUCAGCUAAAUUCCGUGCUAUGGGUGGUUAUUAUGCAGAUGCUGAAUCAGGGUCUGCAUCCCCUUCACAGACUCCAGUGCUGUUAGAUCAGAGGCAAGCUGCAAGCUGUUAAACAGACUAUCCCUGCAAGACCUGUCCCCUGUUGGCUGUAUGUAUGCGUGUAUAUGUGUGUGCAAUUUGGGUGAGAAUUUGCUGCAAGACAGCUUCUUGACCAAAAGGAUUUGAAAGUCUUUGAACCUGUGCUGAAUUACUUUUCUCAGACAUGAAGGAAUAAGAAGUGUAUUUUUACUCAAUAAUCUCAUUCCAUACAUUCUCCUCAGGUCAUUUUAAGUAAAUGUCUUUUACAUUCAUUUGUUUAAAAAAAAAAAAAAAUUCCAGAACACUAAAUAGGUGUUGAUAUUAAUUCUCAUUUCAUUUUUUAUGUAGGAAUGUGUGCAGUGCUCUGUUUACAGUGAGUGGCAUGCACAUUUAGAUUGAACGUGCAGUUUACAAUCAUUUUAUAAGGGGUUUAAAAUACUCCACAAAUACUAAAUAGCAGCGAGUGGAGUUUGACACUGCUGGUAAUUAGUUCAGUAUAAAAUGAAGAUUUGUUGCAUAGAGGCUCCUGGUACAAAGGCUGUCCAUGUUAAAACUUUGACACAGACAACGAUAAAGUUAAUAAGAUGGUGGCGGUGAAUACUAAAAAUAUUGUAUUUUUAAGAUGGAUAAUAUAAUGACUAUAGAGAUGUUAGCUCAUUUCAGAAUCACUUCUCUCCAAACAAGCACAUCAUUGAGGCUUUUUUUGUGGCUCCCUGACAACGCUGUUUCUCCUAAAGGGCUCCCCCCCCACCACUCCUAAAUAUUCCUUAUUUAAUAUGCUUGUUUGUCUGAAUUGAAUGAUGCGUGCCUAUGAGCAACUUCUUUUCCUGCUGUAAUCUGCAAUAUAUACAUAAGGAAAAUGAGUUUGGUGCACUUCAGUAUUGUACAUGAAAGCAGAAUAUACAUGAGAUUUUGUUUUCCAAACAGUAAUUACUGGCUUAUGUAAGAAUGGUGGCAGUUAUAUGCUUGAACCAAAAGCAAGCUGUUAAGAAAAGGCUCAGUGGGUGGACAGGAACUGGCUCAUUUUCAGUGUUUAUUGGAGCCUGGAAAAGACUACAACAGACUGAAGUGCAUGUAAACAUGUCUGUUUCUCAAUAACAGCAUCUUUUGUUUUGUCUGCUGAUAGACUGUACCAUCAGGAGGUUAAAAAGGCAAAUAAUAGCAUUUGAAUAAACUGAAAAAAAGAAGCGCUCUCAGAGCAGAACUGCUUUCGGUGGAAGAAAACUUUGGGUGAAAUUUAAUUUGGCAUUGUCUAUUGUCAUGAAGGCUUUGCACGUUUUUCUUUGUCUUUUCUUAAAAACAACUGUAAUAACAUCUUUAAUAAAGCUAUGUGACAAUUUCUAA